CUGGUUACAACGUGGCUGUUUGUUUUCCUUUUAUCCUUCAUCACUCGGAAAGCCAAAAGGACAUCUGUCGGAGUCGUGCUUAGGCGCAAGUCUGUAGUAGCCUAGCCGCGGGGACGGCUCCCAUCUGCACACGGAGUGUGUGGCUGGUUGUCAUGGAGAAGCAGAUGCACCGAGGCGCGAGAGCGUCUCUGAAGUCCCGAUGAUUCAGAUGGAGGCGAGCAGAGGUGCUUUGCUUCUGCGCUCUGUUAGCAUCGAUGGAGGGUCGGCAGCAGCCAUGAACUCGCAGUGAUGCUGUUGACGGAGAGGUAAAAGAUGAAGUUCAAGAAGUUUAUCACCAUCAUGCAAGCGGCCAUGGGGAUCGUACCCCUGAACAAACGCGAGCUCCUGCCACCCGGCAGGAAACUGUGGAGACCUUCAGGGGACCAGGCUUGUUCUGACCCCACCAGCACCGAUCUGCUCAAGUCCAGCCGCAGAUUCUGCUGGUCCAGAGAAGCCCAGUACUUGUAUCUGCGCCGCCUGUCUUCACGGAGCUUCUCUGCAAUCACAAUGAACCCGGUGAUGGAGGAGACGGUGUGGGAGCAGUACACGGUGACGCUGCACAGAGACCCCAAAAUGGGCUUUGGUAUGGCGGUGUCCGGAGGACGGGACAACCCGAACGAUGAGACGGGCGAAAUGUCCAUCGUGGUGUCGGACGUCCUGCAGGGGGGGCCGGCCGACGGAUUGCUGUUUGAGAAGGACCGCGUGAUGCAGGUGAACGCCAUCCCCAUGGAAGGGGUGGCCCACUCCUUUGCUGUGAACACCCUCAGAAAGUGCGGCAAAGUUGCCAAAAUUAUCGUCAAGAGGCCCAAGAAGGUUCCGGUUACUGUGGUGAACCGCCCCCCCUCCCCUGAUGACAGAGUCUUCAACAACGACUACAAUGAUGAUUACAACUACGAGCCUGACCGCCGCAGCACGCACAGCGGCGCACGCGACCACAGUCAGGAGCGGGGAGGCUACGUGGAUUCUGGCUACCAAACCCGUGAGCGCGACUACAACCGGCAGGAGCGCGGCAGGAACCUCGAGAGAGAUCUGAGUCCAGACCGCCGGGCCCGCAGGGAUGGCAGCAGAGGUCGCACUUUGGACCGCAGCCCCGAUCGCCGCUACAGCCCCGAUCGCCGCUACAGCCCCGAUCGCCGCUACAGGAGUGAGCACGUGCUCGACCGCGACCCCAGCCCAGACCGCCGCUACCGCAGCGAGCGCACUCUCGACCGGGAUUACAGCCCAGACCGCCGCUACCGCAGCGAGCGCGCUCUCGACCGAGAUUACAGCCCUGAUCGGCGCUAUAGGAGAGACAGCCCAGGACCGGUCCGUGGGCGUGAUCCCAGCUUCGAGCGCAAUCCCAGGAAGCUUGAUGAGCCCAUUAGAAAAAGCAGGGACCGCCUGGACCGCUCCCCCUCGCCCGCGGCCCCACCCAUCCCACUUCCGCGCCCCGCCCGUGACCUGGAGCCUCUGGAGAAACCUGUGAACGUGCUGCUGCUGAAGAACCACCCCAACGAAGAGUAUGGUCUUCGUCUGGGCAGCCAGCUCUUCAUCAAAGAGAUGACCAGCACCGGACUCGCCGGCAGAGACGGGAACCUGAAGGAGGGCGACAUCAUCCUGAAGAUUAACGGGACGGUGACGGAGAACCUGUCUCUGAGCGACGCCGGGAAGCUGAUCGAGAAGUCCCGCGGAAAGCUGCAGCUGGUGGUGCAGCGGGACCGGCGGCAGGUGCUGAUCCGAAUCCCGCCCAUGGUCGACAGCGACUCGGAGCUCGAUGAUAUCUCAGAGAUCGAGUCGAACCGCUCUUACUCUCCACAGGAUGACAGACGAGGCCACCCCUCCGACCUCUCCUCCCACUCUUCCAAUGAGAGGCUUAGAGACAAACCCAGAGAGGACCCCCCCAGCAGGCUUGCCAAGAUGGGUGCUUUACCAACCCCGUUUCGAGGUUUAGACAGAGCUGCUGAAGACACGUCCUCUUUGAAGGCUGAGAGGGAGGAGCCUCGAUCAGAGACGCCACCAGCUGUGGUCCCCAGAGUCCACGCCCCUCCAAAGGUGCCGCUGAAGCCGAGUGCAGAGGACCUGGAGGUUUACGGGCCCAACACCAUGAUGGUGCUGUUCAAGAAGGGAGACAGCGUUGGCCUGAGGCUGGCGGGGGGGAACGACGUGGGCAUCUUCAUCGCUGGCGUUCAGGAGGACAGCCCGGCGGACCAGGAGGGUCUACGCACUGGAGAUCAGAUCAUGAAGGUGAACAGCAUGGACUUUCGAGGAAUAGUGCGUGAAGACGCUGUCCUCUACCUCCUUGAGAUUCCCAAAGGAGAGGACGUAACCAUCCUCGCUCAGAGCAAGCCUGACAUUUACAAGGACAUCUUAGCCUCCGGCCGAGGAGACUCCUUCUUCAUCCGAACCCACUUUGAGUAUGAGAAGGAAGCUCCACAGAGCCUCCCGUUCUCCAGAGGAGAGAUCUUGAAAGUGACGGACACACUCUACGACGGCAAGCUGGGUCACUGGCUCGCUAUCCGAACGGACAAAAACAACCAGCUGCAGGAUAAAGGCAUCAUCCCUAACAAGAGCAGAGCCGAGCAGAUGGCAAACGUCCAGAACAGCGCCCCGGCAGCCCCCGGCAACGACCGCGGGGACUUCUGGAGGCUGAGGGGUCAGAGAGCCGCCAAGAAGAAGGACAUGCGCAAGAGCCGGGAGGACCUGAGCGCGACGCCGGUCACCACCAAGUUCCCCGCCUACGAGAGAGUGGUGUUACGCGAGGCCGGUUUCAGGAGACCUGUGGUCAUUUUUGGACCCAUUUCUGACGUAGUGAAUGAAAAGCUGGCCUCAGACCUGCCUGAAGAGUUUGUCGUUGCCAAAACGGAGCCCAAAGAUGCCGGCACUGAGAAAUCCUCUGGAGUUGUGCGGCUCAACACGAUUCGUCAGAUCAUUGAAGAGGACCGACACGCCCUGCUGGACGUGACGCCAAAGGCCGUGGACACCCUGAACUACACGCAGUGGUAUCCUAUCGUCGUCUUCCUGAACCCAGACAGCAAGCAAGGAGUGAAGACCAUGAGGAACCGCCUGGUGCCCGGAUCCAGCCGAAGCUCCAAGAAGCUGUACGAGCAGGCCGUCCGGCUGAGGAAGACCUCCUCGCAUCUCUUCACAGCAACCAUUGACCUGAACUCAGCCAACGACGCGUGGUACGGCAGCGUGAAGGAUGAGAUCCGGCAGCAGCAGGACAGAGCUGUGUGGGUGUCCGAGGCCAAGGUGGAUGGUUCAGAGGAGGUCCUGGAUCUCCAGGACGACCGUAUGUCCUACCUGUCUGCCAUGGGUACAGACUACCUCAGCAUGGACAGCCGGCUGGCCAGCGACUAUGAGGACACCGCAGAUGAAGGCGGGGCUUACACCGACAACGAGCUGGACGAGACGAUGGACGAGCCGCAGCCCGUGUCGGCCAUCGGUCGAUCCUCGGAGCCCGUGCUGCGAGACGAGAAGUCCCAUCCUGAAGCCCGACCCCGCGUGAGGAGCACAAGCAACAGAGACCGGGAGCCCAGCCCUCCUCCGUCGUUUAUCCCAGAACCCCCAAAGGUACGCACGCAGACUCGCAGUGACUCCACUCGCAGCGAGUCUCAGUCCAGCAGCACCAUCAGCAGCGACGCCGCGGUAGGCUACAAGCCCCUCCCCCCGCCCGUGGCCCUGAAGCCCUCCCUCGCACGCGUGCCGGCAGAGGAUCCAAGCCCGGCCAGGGUCGAGGAGGAUCCCGCCACCAAGUCCUUCUUGGGCAAGACAAUGGGUGAGCAGAUCAAAGCCUUUGAGAAGAUGGACCACCUGGCACGAGCUCAGAGGCUGCUGGAGCUGCAGGAGGCUGAGAACGCUCGGUUGGAGAUCGCACAGAGGCAUCCCGACAUCUACGCAGUCCCGGUGAAACUCCCCAAACCCAACUUGAACCGUCCUCAGCCGAUCGGGUCCAACGCUGAGCCGCAGACUCCAUUCCGGCCGCCGUACUCUGAGACCCGGGGACCCGAGGACGCCAAGAGAGCGUUCUAUGCCCCCCAGAAGUACAAAGAUACGGAGCUGUGAGGGUCCAAGCCAGGAAGUGACGUCAUUACUGCACCUGCAGCCCCAGUUACAGACUUUUGGUUGUUUCAGACACUGCGAUGCACCGACCUGCUGACUUUUGACAAAGUGAUGUUCUGCUGUAAAUAUUUCUGUCUGUGAGAUGUAGCUUUCCUUGAUCUUAACAAGACCGUCGCGUCACAGACACGACAACAGUUUUUCCCCAAAACGAUUCGCCAGAAAGGAUUCAUGGCUCCUCUCCUGAAAGUGACGGGAAAAACUGCACGUGUGCAGACACCCUGACCUCAGUUGUAAGCCCCGCCCCCAGCGCAUUUUUGUCCGUCAAACCCCCAGGAAUCAGUCGUGGCGUUGUGGGGUCCUCCCUGCACAGAGGAGUGGGGGGGGGGGGGGGGGGGUCAGGUCUCUAAGGUGUGGUGGAGCUGCUGCUUCGUGGUUCCUGUUAAAAUGUGGGUCGCAAAACACUGCCAAGUGCCUUGCAGCUCCUUUGGCGUCCCGGAAUCGAGCCUGUGGAGUCCGGGGCUGUGCGGCGUGGAGGAGGCGAGUCCCGCUGUUUGUAGGGAGGGGGCCACACGCGUUCACACUGGAAUCUUUCUGCUCGAUGCAUCUGAGCUGCUGGGUUUGAUAACUGCCACAAUCACACCUUUAUUUUUCUACUGAAUAUGCAGACGCUGUACACGUGCUGACAAUCAUGGUAAAGAGCUGGUAGUGUGUGAUUUCUGUCUUUUCACCUCUCACUUUCUAAUAAAUCUCACUUUUUUACACUC